GACUUGUCAUCUUCUUCUGAUCUGUUGGAGAGGAGAACAAAUUUAAUGGGGAUUCUUCAGUUUAAUCUAAUUCCCGUUUUAGAACUGAAUUCAAAACUUCAAAUCCCAAUUUAAAUUUCCUCAUUAAAAUCUUUGAGAAAUGAGCACGAUUAGAGUAUCAGACACUGUUCCUUCCCCAACAGAAGAUUCUCACACCCUCAAAGAAGCUUUUCAAGGAUUUGGGACUGACGAGAAGGCGAUUAUAAAGGUACUUGGAGCAAGAACAGCGAGGCAAAGAAGAGAAAUCAGAGAUACUUAUCAGCAGCUUUACAAUGAAAAUCUCAUUGAUGCUCUCUUUUCUGAAUUAUCCGGUGAUUUUAGAAAAGCUGUGAUUUUAUGGACAAUCGACCCUCCGGAAAGGGAUGCAAAACUUGCAAAUGAGGCAUUACAGAAGAAAAAAAUAGGCAUUAAGAACCUCAAAGUUAUAGUUGAGAUUGCCUGUGCAUCAUCUCCUCACCAUCUUAUGGCAGUCAGGCAGGCCUAUUCUUCUCUUUUUGAUUGUUCUCUUGAAGAAGAUAUCGUUUCCGCUGUCCCUCCGCUGAUUGCAAAGGUUUUGGUGGCUUUAGUGAGGUCCUACAGGUAUGAUAAAGAACUGGUGGAUCCGAAUGUAGCCAACUCUGAGGCAGUUCUACUACAUGAAGCAAUACAAAAGAAAAAGUUAGAUCUUGAUCAUGUUCUCUAUAUUCUUGGAACUAGGAACUUCUAUCAGCUUAGAGAAACUUUCAAAAGCUACAAGGAAAAGUUCAAAAAUCCCGUCGAGAAGGACAUCAAGAAUUGUGGUAAUGGUGAUUUAGAAUCUCUAUUGAGAAUGGUCGUUUCGUGCAUAGAUUGCCCGGAAAAACACUUUGCGGAGGUUAUUGGCACUUCUGUUAUUGGGUUCGGGACAGAUGAAGAUUCAUUAACCAGAGCCAUUGUAUCGCGAGCUGAAAUUGACAUGAUGAAAAUCAGAGGGGAGUAUUUCAACCUGUAUAAAACGAACCUCGAUGGUGCAGUUAUCGAUGAUACAUCCGGAGACUACAGAGACUUCCUAAUGACUUUGCUGGGAGCCAGAAUUUGAUUCAGUAAUCAGUGUGUUUCUGUUUUCUUCUGGGUUUAUUAGUGAUCUUUGUUAUUGUUUGUAUUGGUGUCUAUAGGAAAUAAAAAAAAUUAACAUGAAAAUAUUCAGAUCUAGGAGCUUGAAAUGUUUGGUUUUCAGCUCAAACUGAUUGUCUCUUCAUAAUUAUCCGGAGUUAUAAGCCGUAAUACUAAUAAUAACACGGGUCUAAACCGGUUCAAACAAUAA